AUAAACGGAACGUUGCUCUCCCCACCCAACCCCUCCGUCGCUCGCCAAGAACCGAGCGAGGAGAAUGAUGCCGAGUGGCUCAAAUACAACCUCACUCCUCUCUUUGGGCUCACCCGGGAUGAGAUCAUCAAACUGGGCAAAGACCCAGAAGCCGCGGCUCGGUAUGAUCGCGAGCACUACGGGCUCGAUGAGGAUAUUUAUGUCGGAAAACUGGACGUAUCGCAUCAAAUUCACUGUCUCGACUCCAUCCGACAGAAAGCUUUUGCCGACUACCCAGGGUAUCAUCCAGAACAUAGCCACCAUCGCAAGAGAGAAUGGAACGAAACCACUAAAGGUUGGAUCCACCUCGGCCACUGCGUCGACAUGCUCCUACAGUUCCUUCUCUGCAAUUCAGACCCCACGGUGUUGGCCUUCACGUAUGUCGAGGGUCAGCAAGCACCGUGGCCAGACUUCAAAAUCAAUCGUCAAUGUCGGGAUUUCAACUCACUGGUAGAGUGGACCAAAUCGAGAGAGCUAAAAGGGUGGGAAGACGCUCCUCGACCGAAGGAUGCAUUCCUGUGGCCUAAUCCUUUUGUUGGGGAGCCAGACUUUGAAUUGGGAUUUCCACUAGGACAUCACCACCAGCAGGAAGGGAAUCCAAAUCGAGCGUUAUAA